CCUUUGGCUCCGCCAUCACGGCAGCCAAUAGGAGCGCGCGUUACCAUAGCAGCGGCGUGGGGGCGACAGCCAAUGGGAGGGCGCGAUGUUGAGGCUGGCAGGCGUGUAGCCGGCGGGAUGGUACCCCGUUCGUCCCCGACUCCGCUGUGCCGUGCCGAGGCCUGCGGCUUUAAGAAGCCGUCGCUGGGAGCCGCGGCCCAGAGGAAGAAGGCGAGCCCCGAGCUGGAGCUGCCGGAGGAGCAGCAGCGGGAGAUCCGCAAUGCCUUCGAGCUCUUCGACACCGACGGCAGCGGCAGCAUCGAUGUCAAGGACCUGAAGGUGGCCAUGAGGGCCCUGGGGUUUGAACCUAGGAAAGAAAAGAUCAAGAAAAUUAUCUCAGGCAUCGAUAAGGAAGGGACAGGAAAAAUCACCUUCAGUGACUUCUUGGCAGCAAUGUCAGAGAGAAUGGCUGAAAAAGAUUCCAAAGAGGAAAUUCUCAAAGCUUUCAAACUUUUUGAUGAUGAUGAAACUGGAAAAAUCUCUUUCCAAAACCUCAAACGUGUGGCCAAAGCACUGGGGGAGAACAUCACAGAUGAAGAGCUGCAGGUUUGGACCUGUAGGUUUUGGGGUCUUUGUACUGGAGCUGGAAGGAAAAUCCUCUCUGUGCUGGUAGGAAGGGAGGAAUUCCUGGAACCUGUGGAUUUUGAGGUCGAGGAUGGGUUGAGCCCACAUGGAUGUAGAAAUGAGAUCAUCCAGUUGCAGUUUUGUCCAGUAGCAAUGGUGUGAAAGGAAUGACUCUGCUCCAAGCACUUUGUUUCCCCCCAGGACUUUUCCUAUAAUAUUGCCUGGUCAGAUUUCUCUAUAAAUACACCCAACAAAACAGAUGUCAGGAAAUAUUUUGUCUGAGCUUGAGCCAACACUGGCCCCUCCAGCACAGCUAAAGAGUGGCUGGAAUUCUGCAUGAAUCCAGUGAUUCCCAAUAAAGCCCACACCUAAAUCCUGA